UUUACUCCCCUUAACCUUACAUUAUCAUCCCAGUUGGGACGCGGGUCAUUACCCCUCGCGAACCCAGCGUAGGAAAAGCUCCCUUCUCCUUCCCCUGAUUUUCUCCGUCUCCUCCCUUCGCAACCAUGCGUGAGGUCAUCUCCAUCCACAUCGGCCAGGCCGGUAUCCAGGUGGGCAAUGCCUGCUGGGAGCUCUACUGCCUGGAGCACGGCAUCCAGCCCGAUGGCCAGAUGCCCUCCGACAAGACCAUUGGCGGUGGCGACGAUGCCUUCAACACCUUCUUCUCGGAGACCGGUGCCGGCAAGCACGUGCCCCGCUGCAUCUUCCUGGACCUGGAGCCCACCGUGGUGGAUGAGGUCCGCACCGGCACCUACCGCCAGCUGUUCCACCCCGAGCAGCUGAUCUCCGGCAAGGAGGAUGCCGCCAACAACUUCGCCCGCGGCCACUACACCAUCGGCAAGGAGAUUGUCGACCUGGCCCUGGACCGCAUCCGCAAGCUGGCCGACAACUGCACCGGUCUGCAGGGCUUCCUGGUCUUCAACGCCGUCGGCGGUGGCACCGGUUCCGGCCUGGGCUCUCUGCUACUGGAGCGCCUGUCGGUCGACUACGGCAAGAAGUCCAAGCUGGGCUUCACCGUCUACCCCUCGCCCCAGGUGUCGACCGCCGUCGUCGAGCCCUACAACUCGGUGCUGUCCACCCACUCCCUGCUGGAGCACACCGAUGUCGCCGUGAUGCUCGACAACGAGGCCAUCUACGACAUUUGCCGCCGCUCCCUGGACAUUGAGCGCCCCACCUACACCAACCUGAACCGCCUGAUCGCCCAGGUCAUCUCGUCGCUGACCGCCUCGCUUCGCUUUGACGGUGCCCUGAACGUGGAUAUCACUGAGUUCCAGACCAACCUGGUGCCCUACCCCCGCAUCCACUUCAUGCUCAGCUCGUACGCGCCCAUCAUCUCGGCCGAGAAGGCGUACCACGAGCAGCUGUCGGUGGCCGAGAUCACCAACGCCGCCUUCGAGCCCGCCUCGAUGAUGGUCAAGUGCGACCCCCGCCACGGCAAGUACAUGGCCUGCUGCCUGAUGUACCGCGGUGACGUCGUGCCCAAGGACGUUAACGCGUCCGUGGCCACCAUCAAGACCAAGCGCACCAUCCAGUUCGUCGACUGGUGCCCCACCGGCUUCAAGUGCGGUAUCAACUACCAGCCCCCCACCGUCGUGCCCGGCGGUGACCUGGCCAAGGUGCAGCGCGCCGUGUGCAUGAUCUCCAACAGCACUGCUAUCGGCGAGAUCUUCAGCCGCCUGGACCACAAGUUCGACCUGAUGUACGCCAAGCGUGCCUUCGUGCACUGGUACGUCGGUGAGGGUAUGGAGGAGGGUGAGUUCUCCGAGGCCCGCGAGGACCUGGCUGCCCUGGAGAAGGACUUCGAGGAGGUCGGCGCCGAGUCCGCCGAGGGCGCUGGCGAGGGCGAGGGUGAGGAGUACUAGACUCCUGGCAUGGCAUCAGGGUAGCAGCAAGUGUAGUGCUUUGCUGUUUGCCCGUCAAGAUGAACAGCGGUUGCUAGGUUGUGGAUCGAAGGAUCUAGCUAAUGACGUUGCAUCGUUAGCGUGGACGGGCACCCGUGCAUGAGUCUGAACACAUACUUGCUGCCUGAACAAACAGCAGUGGCUGCUAGCUUACAAGUGGACAGAAGGGUCUAGCUAGUGACGUGACAUGCGCAAGCGUGUGCGGACACCCGUGCAUGAGUCUGAACACUUGGCUGCUGCCCACCGGAACAAUGGUGCUGUAAUGGACUUGGAAGUCUUGCGAUUGGUUCCUCGCCCAAAAGGUUCUGGGACAACCGUAGUGCCGAUGGGGACUGGGAGUCAUGCACAGCUUGAUUUGUCAGCCUGUAACAUGCUGGCCAG